AUGGCAACUCGAUUUCCCCAUCUUACUGACGGCCAACCAGCCAACGAUGACACUCUGCAACACAUCCCCCUCGAUAUCGGACACUAUCCCUUCUUAUCCAACGCGACUGUCGAUGAGAAGAUUCAUAUACUCACCAUAGCAUGGGGUAUUCUUCUUUCGGUGUAUGACGGGAAUGAAUCCGUUACUUUUGCGCUUGGACGGGAUGGUAGAUGGAGUUGCCUCGGCGUGGAGAUAAAUCAUGAUGCAUGUUGGCAGGAUCUGCAGGUUGAAGAACAAGGGUCUCUCCUGCUUGGUGUGGAUUCAGAAGUAAAUACGGGCGUGAGUCUUGGGAUGCAAAUUCCAAGGGAACUUGAAUUGGUCUUGUGCAUUGACGGGACUGAUCCAUCCUUGUCGCUGGCAUAUCGACCAUGUCUCCUGAGCUCUGGACAGGCUGUCAACGUGGCUAGUGCGUUUGAGGCCAUUCUCACAGCACUUCAAAGAGGCAACGUCCGUGUUAGGGAGAUGGAUAUGCUCGGGGAGCAGGGUAUCGAGUGUCUUUCUGGAUGGAAUGUGUUUCCACGGGUCAUGCAGGAAGGAUCUCUGUAUGGGAUUGUCGAAAGACAGGCAAAAAAAAAUGCGGACCGAGUGGCUGUCGAUGCCUGGGAUGGUAAGCUAACUUAUCGGGAGCUAGAUGAGUAUGCAACGCAGCUGAGCGGAUAUCUCAUCUCUCUGGGCCUCUCGGGGAGCUUUAUCCCCCUGUGUGCGGACAAAUCCGUCUGGGCUGUCGUGGCCAUGUUGGCCAUUCUGAAGGCCGGGGCGGCAUGUUCGCCAUUGGAACCGUCGAAUCCGCGCAGUCGAUUAGAGUCAAUGGUCAAGACGUGUGAAGCUAAGACUGUUCUGGUGACCGAGGGGUAUGCUUCUCUCUUUCAGAUAGAGGGGGUUGAGGUGGUGGUUGUGUCGCCGGAUAUAUUCACUCAUAUCCCUCAGGUAGGGAUAUCCUCGAGGAUUAGUCCAGGUGCUGCAUUUCUACUCUGGACGUCAGGAAGCACUGGAGCUCCCAAGGGAGUGAUCCUCGAGCACGCGGCCCUAUUCACCAGCAUCACGGCAUACGCGACCGCAAGCCAAUUCACUCCCCAGACGCGGACAUUUCAAUUCACCUCCUUCACCUUCACAGUCAGUCUGUGCGAUAUCUUCGGCACCAUGAGCCAAGGGGGCUGUGUGUGUCUGCCAUCCGAGACCCAGCGAUUGGAUGAUCUGGCCGGGGCGUUGCGCGAUUUUCGGGCGACGUUCUGCUGGUUAACUUCGACGUCUCUGGCUGGCUUGCAACCGAGCCAAGUGCCUGAUCUUCGCAGCAUCACUGUCGGGGGCGAGAGUCUGGCUGGGGAUAUCGUCGCCCGGUGGGCCAGUCAAUGCCGGCUGACUGUCUCGUAUGGCACCACCGAAACUUGUGGCUGGUGUCUGCUGAAUCCGGCCCUGUCUCCUACCAGCGAUGCGAGAGUCUUGGGGAAGCCCACCAUCCCUGCCGCGUGGAUCACCUAUCCGGAUGAUCCGAAUCGACUUGUGCCUAUUGGCGCCGUGGGGGAGCUGUUGGUGGAGGGCCCUGUUCUUGCUCGAGGAUAUCUUCAUGAUGAAGAGCGUACCGCGGCGCAGUUUACCUCUUCUCCACCGUGGAUGGCCCGGUUUCGACCAGGGGAGACGACCAGGUUAUAUCGAACUAAUGAUCUAGUGCGCUACAACUCGGAUGGAUCUAUCAGCUUUGUUAGACGAAGGCAGAGCCAUGCGAAGAUUCGAGGCACUCGGAUUAAUCUGACCGAGAUCGAGUCGCAUGUGCGCCGGGCUUGUGGGACGGUAGACGUGGUGGUUGACGUGGUGUCCACGAGGGAUCGAGUCGAUGUGCUGAUGGCCUUUAUGCUGUCUCCUGGACAGAGGCAGCCAUUGGACGCCCCGGUGAUCCAACGGGCGGACGAUGGCUUCCGCCGGACAGUGGCGAGGGUAUUGCAAGCUCUGGAAGACUCGUUGCCCAGCUCCAUGAUUCCCACGGCGUUUGUGCCCUUAUCUCGACUCCCGCUGACACGAACUAACAAGGCCGAUCGACGCCUUUUGCGUGAGCUGGCGGGACAGAUGAGUAGGGCGGAACUCGUCCAGCUGGCGACGAAUGAUCGGGCAGUUGUCGAAGCUCCAAUGAGUGCUCCCGAACGCGCGAUGCAGCAGUUGUGGUCGGAGCUGACUGGCCUACCAUGUUCCAGUAUCGGCGUCGAUGAUAGCUUCUUUCACAUUGGGGGUGACUCGGUGCUGGCCAUCCAACUGGUACCAAUGGCUAGAGAGCACGGACUGUUCCUGACGGUGUUGGAUGUAUUUCACUAUCCGAGAUUAGGGGACUUGGUAGCCCAUGUCAAGGAUGCAGGAAGACCCGGGGAGGAUAACUGGAAGAUGUCGUCCACCACGCCAGGGGACAUCGAGCACCUAAAGCCAGAUGUGGCCCGGCAGUGUGGCGUCAGACCAUCCGAUAUCGAGGACAUAUAUCCAUGCACGACAUUGCAGGAGGGUCUGAUGGCGCUGUCGGCGCAGAGACCCGGUUCCUACAUCCUGACAAUGGCGUACGAGAUUCCUCCGAUGGUGGACGUGGCCCGGCUUCGGGAGGCCUGGCAAGCGGUGGUUAGGGCUUUGCCUAUUCUCCGCACGAGAAUCGUGCACCUUCCCAGCGGCUUCCACCAAGCGGUUGUGAGCGAGUCCAUCACCUGGGAUCAUGUUGACACCGAAGGGGAGUUCCGACAGUCUAAUCGAAGAAAUCCCAUGAGCCUGGGAUCGCGACUCGCCCGGUUCGCCUUGCUGCAGCCGGACUCCGCACCAGCUCGUCUCCUGCUAGCUGUGCACCACUCCAUCUUCGACCGCUGGUCUGCUCCCCUGCUGCUCGCGGAGGUUGAAAAAGCCUACGCCGGACAAACAGUGGCACUACAACAUUUCAAAGGCUUCGUUUCGUAUGUCUGCUCUCGUCCUGCCGAGGAAAGUGACGCAUUCUGGAGAAACCGGCUUGCGGAUGCGAGCCCUACGGUCUUUCCCCGUCUGCCUGAUGCUACAUACUUGCCUAACCCUACGAGAUCAAAAGACGUGACGGUUCUCCUGAAUGCUUCGCGAAGUGACUUCACCGCCACUACGAAACUGCGGCUUUGCUGGGCCCUGCUCCUCUCCCAACAUACAGGCAACUCCGACGUCGUGUUUGGAGCGGUGUCCACCGGCCGGAGUGCGCCUGUAGAGGGAAUCGAAAGUCUGGUCGGGCCGACCCUAGCGACAGUGCCUUUGCGCGUCCAGAUAAACGGGGAUGUCUCCGUGACAGACUCCUUGCAAACGCUGCAAGAAGACGCCGCCGCGAUGCUGCCGCACGAACAAUGCGGCCUACAGAACAUCUCGCGCAUUGGACCGGAGGCUAAAGCGGCAUGCGCCUUUCAAAGCCUGUUUAUCGUGCAUGCCUCGAAUUCCGGGGGUAAGUUGGAUCUGAUGGAAGAUCAGCAGUUGCCGGAGCUAUUUUCCUAUGGUUUGACACUGUCCUGUGAGGUCUUGGGGCCGGACAAAAUCCAUUUGCAGGCUUUCUUUGAUCCGGGAAUGAUUGAAGAGGAAUAUGUGGAGAUUCUUCUCUCACAAUUGGCCCAUGCGAUACGACAGGUCAAUGAUGUACCUGACUGUAAACUCAACGAUCUCAGUCUGGUCAGUCCGCUGGACGAACAGCGACUCGGCACAUGGAAUGUACCCCAGACACAGGCCGAGAUGUGUGUCCACGAGAUUAUUCAGAAGCAGUCCUUUGCGCACCCGCGGGCAGAGGCAGUCUGUUCGUGGGAUGGAACCCUAACAUACGCUUCUCUGGACCAGCUCUCCUCACAAUUGGCCUUCCAGCUCCAUACCCGCGGCGUCAAACAAGGAGUGUUCGUACCCCUGUUACUCGAAAAGUCCAAGUGGACGCCCGUGGCCAUGCUAGCUGUGAUAAAAUCCGGCGGUGCAUUUGUACUUGUAGACCCCUCAUUCCCGACAGAACGACUACAGUCAACCUGCAAUCAGCUCGAUGCUCCAAUGGUGUUAUCUUCAGAGAAAUACCACCACCUGGCUGAACAAUUAUCACGAAACGUGCUCCUCAUCAAUGCAAUGGACCACCACUCCCCUGCAUCAUCCCUACCCACCGUACACCCCAACGACGCCCUAUACGCCAUCUUCACCUCCGGCUCCACCGGAACCCCCAAAGGAGUCAUCAUCAACCAUUCCUCCUACGCCACUGGCGCGCAAGCAUACACCACGCCCGCAUGCAUCACCCCAACAGCCCGAGUCCUCCAGUUCGCCUCGUACGCCUUCGACGCCAGCAUCAUCGAGCAUCUAACCACCCUCAUGGCAGGCGGAUGCAUCUGCAUCCUCUCCGACGAGGAACGAACCUCCUCACUACCCGAGGCAGUCGCAGCCCGAAAAGCCAAUUGGACAUGGCUUACCCCUAGCGUCGUCCGGGCCCUAGACCCAACCGACUUUCCCACCCUCACCCACCUCUGCCUAAUGGGCGAAUCAAUGACCCGCACCGAAAUCGAGAAAUGGUCCCAGCACGUCCAUCUAAUGCAAGCGUACGGGCCAGCAGAAUGCUCUGUCCUGGCUACUCUCCAACCCACAUUAUCACUACACUCCGAUCCCCGAGACAUCGGCACUCCCCGAGGAUGCAACACCUGGAUUGUCGACUGGGACGAUCAUACCCGACUCGCCCCGGUGGGUACAAUCGGGGAACUGUUGAUCGAAGGCCCCAUUGUUGGCCGGGGGUAUCAUGGUAAUGUGGCGCUGACGGAGGGGGCGUUUUUGAAAGCUCCGGAGUGGAUGCAGAGAUUUCAUUACGCCCCGGCAAGGGUAUACAGAACGGGGGAUCUGGUGCAGUAUUCCUCGCGGAUGGAUGGGUCGUUGCUUUAUAUUGCGCGCAAAGAUACGCAGGUUAAGAUCCGUGGACAGAGGCUUGAGUUGAGUGAGGUUGAAUAUCAUGCUCGUGUUGCUAUGGAUGGAACUUUUGAGGUUGUGGUGGAUGUGGUCAAGUCCGGGGGUAGGGCUAUGUUGGCUUUGUUUUACGUUCAGGAUGUGGUGAAUGAUUGCCCUGAUGUGGUUGUUCUCCCCAUGAGUCCGGAACAGCGCAUGGUCUUGGUACAAGUUCGACAGAUACUUGAGAGCCGACUGCCUUCGUUCAUGAUACCUACUGUCUGGAUCCCUGUGACGAGGAUUCCCCUGUCUCCGUCGAGGAAGACCGAUCGAAGGCGAUUGCAGAGUCUGGUUGGGGAUCUUACACCGGAUGGGUACAAACCCUACAUUAUCGGGGGGAUAUCCGACAACGCGCAGGGCUCAUUCAAUGAUGAGAGUGAACAGCAGCACCUCAGUGAGAACGAAAUCCUCCUCCAACGUCUAAUCCGGCAAGUCCUCGAUGGCGACAACGAACAACCCUCGUUGAUAUCCAUAGACGAGCUAUUCAUCAACAUCGGGGGCGACUCCCUGACAGCCCUAUCUUUGACUUCAUUGGCAAAGCAAUCCGGGUUUACUUUCACGGCGGGGGAUGUAUUGGGGUGUACGGUGGGUGAGUUGGCGAGGAUGAGAGUGGAUUGA